GAGAACAAUAGUUCAGCAGUGGAACAAGGAGAGGUGAAACAGAACUCAAGGAAAGGAGGCUGCAACUACAGUGGAUUGUUUACCUUUUGGGUAUUUGAUGACCGUGCUCACAGAAGACAUCUGUUCAGCUCCUUGUGAACAAAUCCCCAGCAGUGCCUGGAGGCUUGCUUAUCUCUCAUGUCAGAAAUGCAGCAUGCUUUAAAGCUGCAAGGGGCGAUGUAUUGGUAGCAGAGGGGGCAGUUUUCAUCCAAUCUGAUCUCUGUCAUUAACUCCAAAAUCCUUUCAAAAUGUACUCAUCUGAAGAACUGUGGAACUCCACCGAGCUGGUCUGGAGCAAUGGCUCAGAGGCGAACUUUUCUCUGGGAAAACAUAGAAACAAUGAGAAAGAGGAGGAAGAUCAGCACCCUUUCCUCACGGAUGCCUGGCUGGUCCCCCUCUUCUUCUCCCUUAUCAUGCUGGUCGGUCUGGUGGGCAACUCGCUGGUUAUUUAUGUCAUUUCCAAACACAGGCAGAUGAGGACGGCAACAAACUUCUACAUAGCGAACCUGGCUGCCACUGACAUCAUCUUCUUGGUGUGCUGCGUCCCUUUCACCGCCACCCUCUAUCCUCUCCCUGGAUGGAUCUUUGGCAACUUUAUGUGCAAAUUUGUUGCCUUUCUACAGCAGGUAACAGUUCAGGCCACCUGCAUCACUCUGACUGCUAUGAGCGGGGACCGAUGUUACGUCACAGUCUACCCUCUGAAAUCUCUCCGCCACCGCACUCCAAGAGUAGCCAUGAUUGUCAGCAUCUGCAUUUGGAUCGGGUCCUUCAUCCUGUCCACCCCGAUUUUAAUGUACCAGCGUAUAGAGGAGGGUUACUGGUAUGGCCCAAGGCAAUACUGCAUGGAGAGGUUCCCUUCUAAAACCCACGAGAGGGCUUUCAUCCUCUACCAGUUCAUCGCGGCUUACCUGCUGCCUGUCCUCACCAUCUCCUUCUGCUACACUCUGAUGGUGAAGAGGGUGGGCCAGCCCACUGUAGAGCCUGUAGACAACAACUAUCAGGUCAACCUCCUAUCUGAGAGAACUAUUAAUAUCAGGAGCAAAGUCUCAAAAAUGGUGGUAGUGAUCGUCCUACUCUUCGCCAUCUGCUGGGGUCCUAUCCAGAUCUUCAUCCUCUUUCAAUCUUUCUAUCCAAAUUACCAGCCAAACUACGUCACAUACAAGAUCAAAACAUGGGCCAACUGCAUGUCCUACGCCAACUCCUCAGUCAACCCCAUUGUUUAUGGUUUCAUGGGAGCCAACUUUCAAAAAUCCUUCAGAAAGACUUUCCCAUUCCUGUUCAAGCACAAGGUCAGAGACAGCAGCAUGGCUUCAAGGACUGCCAACGCUGAGAUCAAAUUUGUUGCUGCAGAGGAGGGCAACAAUAACAACGGAGUGAAUUGAAUUUGACAACUAAAAGCAAGAAGAAGAAUGAGAUUAUUGUUUGUAUCCAGAGCAGCCGCUGCAAGAAAAAAAUCAUAAUAAUGAUGCAUGGGAGUCAUAGGUUCAUUGUGUGAAUGUCUUAAUAGAGCAUCUGGUUGAUUUGAAAAAGAAGACUCUGUUUCAUCAGUAGAAUUUAUGUUAAUAAUACAACUAAUUGACCACUAAUGUUUAGAAACACAGGUGGAUAUAACAGCACAACAUGCUGCAGUGUUGGCACAUGUCAUCCAUCCAGGUGCCAAACACCACAGUCAAAUAAAAGAGGACAGUUGUACAGAUCUGAUGAUGAAAAAAGAAAGUUUGGCCUGAAACACAAAGGCUGUAGUCCCAGUCUCUGAGGUCAGAGUUGGUACAAACCUUUAAUCAUUAGACAGCUGAUGAUUAAAGACAGUAUAUGAACACAAUAUAAAUUUUGAAUGGAUAAUUACUCUUAUUUGUGCCAUUUACAUUUGUUCCUAUAUCACUGGAGAGGAAAAAUAAUUCAAUUACACACAUGUUCAAUAAUAGAUAGCUACUGUAGCUUGGCUCUGUUCAAAGUUAGAAAAUACACCUACCUAAUCAACACAUAUGUUCUGUUUAAUUCAGGUGUUGAUCUCCAAGAACUAGUUCCCUGAUAGACUAGUAGUUAGGGCACAACGCUCUCACUGCUGCAGCCUGGGUUCGAGUCAGGGUUGUGUCAGGAAGGGCGUCCAGUCUAAAACAAGUGCCAAAUGUCAAUAUACGAAUCGUCAAUGUGACGAGAUUCACUGUGGCGACCCCUAAUGGGGAAAAAGCCGAAAGUUACAUUCAUUGAUCUCCCAAAAAUGAUUACAGAAAACCUCAUCCAUCAUAAAACCACAAGGUGCAACUGUUGCAUUUCUGUUUGCAUACAGUUGAAACAACAGAGGAUCAAAGCUUAAAUGACUGAACUUUAGAGGUGCUGAUAGCCACACCUGAACCUUUGACAGAGCCAGGCUUGCUCCCUUUUUCAUUUUCCCCAAAGUUAGUGAUUUCAGUCUUUGUGCUGAGCUGAACUUCAGCUCCACACUGUGUUCAUGUCAUAUAAGUCUCUAACUUGUAGCUAGUGUUCAUGUUAACUCAGAUUUUUGUGAACAAUCAGAUGUCUGGCUUGGCACUUAAUAUAUGGACACUAUGUCAGCCAAAUACUGUUGUUCAAUGUGGUUAAAAUUUCAUGGAUAUAGUUUUUUUUUUUUUAAACCUCUCUGCUCAGCUACAAACCCAAACACCUGAAGACAGCACAGCAAACGUCAGCAGUAUGUACAGCAUUUGCAAAGAGAUUGUAGUCAAACUAAAACUUUUGUUCAGUGUCUUCACAGGCCAAUUUGGACUUGUGAAUAAUGGUCUGAGCUCAGAGUUAAAGUUAUGCUUUUCUUGUUGGUGAGAAUCCAACAACACAAGAACAGCAUCCAGCAUCCAGUUGAAUGGGAGUUUCAAUCCUGCCAAAUGUGAUGAGUCGGAGCUGGCUGAAUCAGGGGUUACAACCGGUGAAGCAUAGCCAGUGUUUAUCUUUCUUUUGGAUUGUGUUGGAUACACAAACAUCCAUAUCCUCAAUGCAUACACAGUCACUCACAAAUACAGACAUGCAGACACAUACACAGCUCCGCACAUGCACUUUCACCCUCAUGUCCAGUUGUUUUUUUGGUUUUAUUUUCUCUGAGAAACACCUUUGAGAAACAUCAUUGUAUGAUCUGGUCAGACGGACUGAAUUCCAAAUGGUGGAGGUGACCUGAGUGGCCUGUGCCCUGUUUUGGUGGUAAACUUGUUCAGCUGUCUGGUGAUGAAAGUACACCCUGUAAUUGGUAAUAAAUCUACAGAGCCCCUGUCCGCCCUCCACUAGAUGUGGUCCUUUUCUGUCCAUCCCACACAGUACUACUCAAAAUCAGAACUCCGUUUAAGACCCAUAGAAAAUCUGUUAAAAUGAGUCUCAUUUGAAUUGUAGAUGCUUCAGGACUUGUCAUCAUCAGGGCUCCAUUUGAAAGACAUCAAAGUGUUUUGAAAGGAAAACCAGAAUGUUCUUGGCUGCUAUCAUUAGGGAUAAAUAGGUAAUAACAGGGUGCAUAAAGAGUAGUCAUUAUUUGCGAUAUCAUCUGGGAACAGUAGUGGUUUAACCUUUAGCUAGAGUUAAAGAUGUCUCUUAUCAUGUUCCAUAAUAACUGCAUGUACUCCUAAAAAAGAGCUAUAGCACAAUAUGCACCUUAUAACCAUACAAAUUAACAAGUUUACAUUUUUUGAUGAAAAGGUUGAUCACUAUUUAGUUCAAAUGAUUUUAAGCUGAUCUAUUUGAUUAGGAAGUGAUUAAAAAUCAAACUAUAGUUUCUGCCGACAGUGACGAUACUCAGAAUGGACUAAAUGAAAUGUAGGAAGUGUUUUAAAAAGCCAUUUAUUUAUAUCUGAGUGCAAUUUAACAUGCUCCAUUCAAUGCUAAUGACUGCUUAUUGCUUUUUAAUAUAUGGUAAUUGUGCUGCAUUUCCUCCACAAAGAGCACUGUACUCCAUUAGGACCAAAAUCAUGAGAAACAUCUAUGUUUUCUGCUUUUACUGAGUUCUUCUCUUGUAUCUACUCUUAUUCUGACAUUGUGAUUCUGUUACAUGUCUGAUGGUUGUUCACCAGUCUCUUCAGUAAACCUUCAGCCUUGAACAAUAAA